AUGGCAACAGGCGGGAUUUGCCAGCUGGGAGGGAGAGUCAAGCGGUCCUCAGUUGGUAUCACCGCCCCGGCUUCCACACUGCAUCACGCCCCGAGUGGAAUGGAUGACCAGGACAAGAAAGACAAUGGCCAGUACACCGGCGAGAUCAAAGGCGGGAUGCGGCCUUCAAUGAAACUGGUUGUCAUGGGGAUCAUCGACAAAAAGCCCAAGAGCAUGGAGGUGACCGUGUCCUGCAAGCCUCAGGAGGAAGACGCAGAGGCGGACGUGGGUCUGCAGCUGAAGGUCAGCUUCCUGGAUAAGGCUGUCCAACGUAACGCCCGUUUGGCUGGGAAGUGGGGUCCGUGUGAAAACACACUUUCCUUCUUUCCCUUUGCACCCGGAGAAGCCUUUAAGAUGGAGAUCGUCUGUGAACACCAGCAGUUUCGCAUCUUGGUGGACGGCCAGCCUCUGUGUGGCUUCAACCACAGGGUCUCCAAGCUCGCCUCCCUCACCGCCUUAAGAGUCUUCGGGGACCUACAGCUCACCAAGGUCGCCUAACGCCGGCUUCUCGCUGACAGGAAGCUGAACUGAGGGUUCCCCCACGUCGCCGGAGGACGGGGAAGACGGGGGGUUGGGGGGGUACGCACACCGCCAUUAGCUUAGAACUCCUUUUUUCCAGUCGCCGUCAUUGGGAUGUUUCGCCAUUUUAGUUCGCCCGACAAAGUUGCACCAGCCUCGUAAUCCUAUGUUGAGACAAAGUGCCUUCGCUAAGAUUACCUGACUGGAGACUUGAAGAUGCCGACUGAACGUAGCCGCAGUCGUCUUAUGUCUUAAAUCGAAUGAGGAAUGUGCUUUGAGUUGCUGUGAAUGGUUGCGAACGUGAUCUAAGGUCUACUCUUUGGGCGAGAAAUGUUUGCGCCUUUGAAGAAAAAGCAAGUUAAGAAAUCUGGAUUAGUUUUGAUCCCUUCAGAAAAGGAGGUUUCAGAAUCUGUCUUAGACUUCUUUUGGAAUUAACCUUUAAAAACCUUUCAUUUCCUCGGGCUUUUUGGGGUUUUUAAGUUGAAAACAUAGUGAAGAUUGUUUGUGCAUGCCCUGAAAGACACAACUCUGUAUUUGAAUUUCUCUCAGUUUAUAUUGUAUUCAUAUUGUCCCACAUAGUUGCAUUCAAAAUGACGGCGCGUCAAAUAUCAUUGUUAUAAAUUCAACAUCUUAAAAUAGUCUUAUUCUAAUGAGACUAUCUCUUCCAUAUAGGGAAUGCUGCGCUUUCGAUUCCAAAACCAAAAUGAAUCAAAUUUGCUAUGAAUCUAAAAUCUCUCUUAAAAAAAAAGAGAAAAAUAGAAAAUCUUGACAGUUCAAAAUUGUGAAGCGUGACCAACACGGACUGAACGGCUUUGUUCACUUCCUGUGCUGCCAUUGAAGAACUACAACCCAACACAGGCACGCUGCAAUUGUAGAAAUUAAAUUGGAGAAAUCAAGCUUAAUGGGAGAAAUCCCAGCCAGAGUAAGGAAGGAGAUGAUAAUCCAGUGUAGAAAUGACCAGGCUCACAUGCCGGUGAACCACAGCUUCUGAGAACUGGUUCAAAUCUGUGUCGCAGUGAGCGGGAAAAGUUUUACUUUGCCUCACAAACAAGACGUUUGAUGGCAAUCCAUAAUGUUAUUCAAGAUGCUGCUUGCUAACCGGCUUGUUUCGCUUAAUUGCCUUGUUGUAAAACUUUUUGCCUCUUUCCAACCUUUUUCAUCAAAGUACACUGUUAUGAUGAAUAAUGUCUUAAAUGACCCAUUUCAUUCUGAGUUUCAGAGAUGAAUGAACUAUAACCACUCCAUCCUUAAAUAAGAGCAAAAAGUUGUUUUUUUAACAGAAUGAAUGACCUGCUGGAUUGAGCUCCACGCCUUUUAGUUCCACAGAAUUAGCAAUAUGAAUGUUAUCACCGUUUAUGUUUUUCUAACACUUCUUUUUUUUUUUUUUUCAUCUAGAGGGAAAUUCCCAUCAUUCACCUUGAUAGAUCUAGUUAGUGAUGUUGGACCGCUGCUAUCUUGAGCUCAACUGUACAGUGAGACUCGCACGAAAAUCAGCUUCGACGUCAAAAAAUCGUUCACAAAUUGUUCGGCUGAGGUUGUUUUUUCUUUUUUUUUUUUUCUUUUUCGUUUUGACACCUUCCACCGGAAUGUUUCAUAUUUUCGUACUUGAGUCACCGUAAUAAAAAUCAGAUCUGUUUGCUA